AUGAUUGACAUUGAGGCAGUCAUUGAUGGAAUAAAAGUCUAUAUGACAUUUGUUUAUGGAGACCCUGUAUUAGAUAGACGAGAUCAAGUUUGGGAACGUCUUACGCGUUUCUCAACAACAAGAAAUGGACCUUGGUUCAUGAUAGGAGAUUUUAAUGAAAUCACAUGUCAUAAUGAGAAAGCAGGAGGGAGACAACGUCUUGAUAGUUCAUUCCUCCCCUUUAAGCAGAUGCUUAAUGACUGUGGGAUGCUAGAGUUUCCUUUCACGGGGGAUAUGCUCUCUUGGGUAGGGAAAAGAGCAGGAGGAAAAACUGUUCGAUGUCGCUUAGACAGAGCAGUUGGAAAUGCGGAUUGGCAUGAAAAGUUUCCUCACUCUGCUGUGAAGUAUAUGAGGUUAUGGAGAUCAGACCAUCGUCCGAUUCUUGCAGAAAUACUCAUAAAGCCGACGAGAAGAUCAAAAAAAUUCAGAUUCGACAGAAGAUGGCUAGACAAUGAAGAACUAAGGCAAGUCAUUCUAGAGGGAUGGAAAUCUCCUGAUCUUCCCCCCAAUGCGAGUAUAAUGGAACAUAUCUCCAGCUGCCGAAAAGCCUUGAGUGAGUGGAGGAAGCAACACAAUAUUAAUUCGGCAAAGCUAGUGGAGGAGCUCAAGGAGAAAGUUGAGGGUUUAUACGCAGAUGAUAAUGCGACGACUGAAGAAAUUGCAGCAGCGUUGAAAGAACUCUCUGAUGCUCUUAAAGCAGAAGAAAUGUUCUGGAAACAGAAGAGUAUAGUGUUUUGGCUGAGAGAGGGAGAUAAAAAUACAAAAUUUUUCCAUGCCCUAACGAAGCAAAGGAGAGCAAGGAACAAAAUCACGCAGCUACUGGAUGCAAAUGGUAACAUAGUUGAGGACGAGGAAGGUCUGGUAGCCAUUGCUACUAGCUAUUUUCGGCAAAUCUUUGAGUCUUCUAUUCCAGAGGACAUUGAAGAGGCGCUAUCUGAAGUCCCUACGACGAUUACGGGGUCAAUGAAUGCCAGUCUUACAGCUCCUGUUUCUGAAUGGGAAAUCAAACUAACUCUUUUUGCCAUGCAUCCAGAUAAGGCGCCGGGACCAGAUGGGAUGACUGCACUUUUUUACCAAAAGUUUUGGGAUAUAGUCAAGGAGGACUUAACUCUUAUGGUUAAUAAAUUCCUUUUCGAUAGGACUGUGACCAAUGGUCUGAAUGAUACAAAUAUAUGUCUUAUACCAAAGACAACUAAGCCCAAUGACAUGGCUCAAUUCAGACCCAUAAGCUUGUGCAAUGUCAGCUACAAGAUCGUCUCUAAGGUCUUAUGCCAGAGACUAAAGAAAGUCUUGCCAGGUUUGAUAUCAGAAACCCAGUCAGCCUUUGUUGCGGGAAGACAAAUUUCAGAUAAUAUCAUGAUUGCUCAAGAAAUGUUUCAUGCUUUGCGAACUAAACCGAGUGGACGUAAUAAGAGGAUGGCCAUCAAGACAGACAUGAGUAAAGCAUAUGAUAGGAUGGAAUGGUCGUUUAUUGAAGCUGUGAUGCGAAAGAUGGGUUUCUCCGAAACAUGGAUCACCUGGAUAAUGAGGUGCAUUACAUCGAGGAUUAAUGCAACUACUCGGCAAGAGAUUAAAGAGGUACUUGGCAUACAUAAUGAUGGUGGGAUGGGAAAGUACUUGGGAAUUCCAGAGGAUAUUAGUGGCUCUAAAUACAAACUCUUUGCAUUCCUAAAGGAUAACCUGAUGCAUAGAGUAAAUGGAUGGACAGGUAGAUGGCUCUCAAAAGGGGGGAAGGAGGUAAUGAUCAAAUCCAUUUUGCUCGCUCUUCCGACAUACGUUAUGUCGACGUUUCUGCUCCCAUUGGAGAUUUGUGAAAACCUCGCUAGUGCCAUUGCACAAUUUUGGUGGAGUUCGAAUCCACCGAAAAGAGGAAUACACUGGGCGAAAUGGAAAAAGGUUUGUCUACCAAAAGAAGAGGGCGGAAUUGGCUUCCGUUUAAUCCAUGAGUUUAAUCUAGCACUAUUGGCAAAGCAAUUAUGGAGAUUGGUUCAGUACCCUGAUUCACUGGUUGCCCGAGUCUUGAGGGGCAGAUAUUAUAGGAUGACCUCGCCAUUGGGAGAAAUAUCUGCAAGUAGUCCAUCAUAUGUGUGGACAAGCAUUUACGCCGCAAGGAAGCUUUUACUUCUGGGGAUCAGACAGAAGAUUCAUUCUGGUUAUGAAGUCAAGGUGUGGGAGGACCCGUGGAUUCCAAUGAUACCUGCUAGACCAGCUACACCUGUAGCACCUGUGAUGCACCCGAAUAUGAGAGUGAGUGAUCUCAUUAACCAAGAUUUGAAUGAAUGGGACGUAGGGUUACUGGAGGCUUAUGUCCACUCCGAUGAUAUAUCUCUCAUACGUAGUAUGGCCAUAAGCUCUACUCAUCGCCGUGAUACCUUCUGCUGGAACUACACGAAGAAUGGCCAAUAUACAGUUAAAUCUGGAUAUUGGGUUGCUCAAAACCUGUUGAAGCCAGAAGAGGAAAAAGAAAUAUUGGAACCAAGUAUCAUAACACUUCAGGCCUUUGCUUGGAGGUUAAAAGCACCAAGGAAGAUGUGCCAUCUUAUAUGGCAACUGAUAACGGGUCAGGUGGCAGUAACGAGGAACCUAGUAAGGCGGAAUAUGAGGUGCGAUAAUUAUUGCCCAAGGUGUGGAGAAUUAGAAAAAUCUGUAACACAUGCAAUAUUUGAAUGCCCUCCAGCACUCCAAGUAUGGUCCCUAUCAGCAACUCCUACAAGCCAAGGUAUAUUUCCAGUGGCAAGCGUCUAUACGAACAUGGACUAUCUAUUCUGGAGGAAGAAUGAAAUCUUAGAACCAGACCAAGACAGGGAUCCUUAUCCCUGGAUAAUAUGGUAUAUUUGGAAGGCUCGUAAUGAUAAACUUUUCAGGGGAAUAGACAGAGAUCCAUUGGAACUAGUUCGAUACGCAGAAAGUGAAUGUCAAGCCUGGUUUAAUGCAAACGACAUAAUACCACCAGUAGUUCAGAUGGAUCUUGGACAGCUUCUGAUCGCUUUAGUGGAUGUGGAUGGCAUUGCAUUCGGAGGUAGAAGCACUGCGAUGGGCGAUGGAGAAUAUGCUACAACACCCGCCAUGCCAGGGCUUUGGAACAGAUUGCAAGGAGCUGAUAGCAAUGAUAAAGGAACCCCAAGAGUGGCCAAGUUUCGCGACAGAAUUGGAGAAGAUAGAGACGCUGCAGAUUUGCUUCCCGGACUUCAAAAUCACCCAUGUGCCACGAGUGUGCAACCAGUUUUCUGA